CUUGUCGCUGAUGUGUCGACCGCACGGCGUCACUUGGAAGCAUCACAUGCGGGUACCUAUCAAGCAUGGGCGGAAAAGAACAAUUUCGAAUCAAUGCUUCCGAAAGACAGCAAGGCACGACGCACCGGCCAGGCACCAGCAAAUCAGUCGCGUCUUGACUCCCAUGUCAAGGAGCGGUUGGCCGAAGAGAACAUGGUCAAGUAUACGGACACCCUAUUCCGGCAAGCCGCCAUUGAGUGGCUGAUUGCAACUGAUCAGCCCAUCCAUGCGAUGGAACACCCUGCGUUCAAGAACAUGAUUGCUAUUGCCGCGCGAGCAACUAAUGGCGUCACAAUCCCGAAGCGCAAACAAACCCGCCAGGCGAUUAUCGCGUUAUUCAAAGAUAACCUUACGAAGCUCCGCAAGUGUCUCAAUGUACGUUUCUAA